AUGUUGGAUGACCGAUCAACGUCCAAUAGUGCGUUCUCGGCAAAUGAGAGUGAGCCACCAGUCACAUGGAACAAGGCCAAGUUGGAAAACCUCACAAAGGGUGUUGUCGCACAGCAUCUGGGAGACGUUUGGGCAAAGGUCAACAAUAACCAGAGAGAACUGUUCCCAAAUGGCGCAUCAUCAUAUGGCCCAAGGAUCUUGAUGCUGUUAACACAGCAAAACGGAUUCUCUUGGUGGAUGGUGUUGAUUUCCGGACGUAUUGACAUUGCGGUGACGGAAGGGAUGCUGGGCGUUGUUGUGGAGUGCUGGGCCAGAUUACGGUGCUCCCACAUGGAAGCCUAG